AUGUUUUGGCGGUUUGGUGGAUACGCCGGUAUCUCCACCAUCGAUGCCCUGCUCGAUAAGCCGGAUGCGUCCCUGGAAGAACUCUUGGACGAGUCGGAGGUGAUCCAGGAAUUGAACCAAAAUAAUAACAAGCUCAUCGAGUACUUACGAGAGGAUAAUGUCUUGAAACGGCUUAUGGAUUAUGUGAUCGCACCGAGUCUGGUGAACGACGAUGAUGACGCGGACGAACUUGACGACAGUAACGCCGGCGAGGAGGGGAAAGAGAAGACGACCGAUCCGCUUAAGGAGGCAUUAAAUCCGGAGGACUUGGAAAGGGCGGAGAACAACCGCCUUAGACAUGCCUAUGUUGCAUGCGAGCUUCUCUCGACGCCGACAUGGUCGAUAAUCGAAUCCAUUAUGCUGAAUCAGGAGCACCUGCGGGGUUUCUGGAACUUCCUGAGGAGGCCUCCGUCUUUGGAUCCCCUCCAAGCAAGUUAUUUCACGAAGGUUAACGAGACUAUGUUCGAUCGGAAGACGGAGGAUAUGCUGGAAUUCUUCAAAUCCCUCGACGGGAUUCUGCCUGCGAUUCUCCAGCAUAUUGAUAACCCGAUGGUCAUGGAUUUGUUGUUAAAGAUCAUCAGUUUGGAAAAGACUGAAGGUGGCCAGGGCAUUGUAGACUGGCUGAGAGCUCAAGGCUUGAUCCCGACUCUUCUCUCCUUCCUCUCCCCCGAAUACCCCGCAACCGUCCAAACCUCUUCUGGUGACUUCAUUAAGGCCAUUAUCACCAUCUCCGCCAACGCAAUUCAAAACGACGAUUCGUGUAUCGGUCCUAACAGCUUGACGAGGGAAUUAGUAUCCGUGCCAUGUGUGGAGAGCUUGAUAAACUCGAUGCUGCAAGGUGGAAAUCCUCUAACGGUGGGGGUGGGAAUAAUUAUUGAGGUUAUUCGGAAGAACAACUCUGAUUAUGAUCCGCCCGGUAUCAACGCCCCUGGUACAAUACCGACAACAUACGACCCGAUCUAUCUCGGUAUGCUGCUUCGAAUAUUUGGACAGCACAUUCCGGACUUCAUGGCAUUGCUCAACAGCUCGAAACAUACCGUCAGCGAGGGUGGUCAGGUGAAGAGGGUGGAGAGAGCAGAUCUCACCUCUCCAUGGGGCGCCAAGGUCGAACCGCUGGGCUUUGACCGAUUUAAAACAUGCGAAUUGAUGGCCGAAUUACUGCAUUGCAGCAACAUGGGUCUUUUGAACCAACCUGGAAGCGAGCACUACAUUCGGGAGAGGGAUCUCGAGCGCGAACGGCUGGUUCGGGAAGGCGCUUUCAACGUGCACGGAGAAGGGUUCUCCAGCGUUGAUUUUAAUGAUUCCUCCGAUUUUGUCAACGGGUCGUCGGUUCUUGGCUCGGGGUCGCCGGAGGAUGUGAAGACACUCGAAGUCACGAAUGCUGGUGAAGAGGAGGGCUUUGAAGACGUCUCUGCACCAAGCGUUCUCGUCAACAAGGAGCAAGAUGCUACCGGGAAGAAAGACCCGGCAUCCUCAGAGGCAGCUGGUCCAAUGUCACCCACUGCUUCUGGUCUCACUGAGCAAAUGGGUGAAAUUAAGCUUGAAGGCGAAGGCUCGAAAGAAGCUACCGAUGAGGGCCAACCACCAGCCAAGCGGGAGACACAGGAGCCAAAGGAACAAGAGCCAGCUUCUGCGCCAAUGUCUUCGAAUCCGGAAGACGUCCCAGCUCCUCUAUUUGCCUCUAAGCAGCAAGAAGGGCCUUCAACUACUGGCGAGACUGAGGCGCCUGCUGAACAGGACCAGGCUCAGGAGAAGGAAAGUGCCCCAGCACUGAAACUUCAUCCAUUUGCUCAAGCUGAUAUAAACAGCCAACCUGUUGUUGGUGAUUACCUCAAAAUCAUGUUUGUGGAGCAUAAGGUGGUGCCGACAAUUCUGGGUUUCUUUUUCCGUUUCCCUUGGAAUAACUUCCUUCACAAUGUGGUUUACGAUGUUGUUCAGCAAGUAUUCAACGGACACAUGGACCGUGGAUACAACCGGGUAUUGGCCAUUGAUGUUUUCGAGACUGGACGGAUCUCGCAACAGAUCUACGAAGGCCAAAAGCGGAAUGAUCAAGUGCAGCAAGCCAAGCGGAUCCGACUUGGCUACAUGGGUCACUUGACUCUCAUCGCAGAAGAAGUCGUCAAGUUCACCGAGCGGCACCCCCCUGAAUUACUCUCUCCCACAGUCAUGGAAUACGUGCUAAAUCCCGACUGGAUCGAUUAUGUUGAGCAAACCCUGUCUGAGACAAGGGAGCGUGACAAUGCUAUCCUUGGUGGUGUACGGCCGGACAUGACUAUCGGGCAACGACAGUCCAUGCUUGGCCAGGGCCAAAGUUUCGGUGGCUCGUCGGCCCUUGUUGAAGCCGGCUUGAAUGGCGGAGCCAAUGUGUCUGACUUUCAAGGCUUCGAUAUGAGCCAGGGAAGCGUCUCUGGUGGAGCGUUUGGUCUGGGAGGCGGCAGCGGUGGCCAUUCUCUUCUGAGUGGCUUCGGAAGUUCGAGUGACGAAGACGAAGAGAUGGAGGACCAAGAUGACCGAAAUGCUAGCCAUGAAUUCGUUGAGGGUGGAGGCGAGAAUUCAUCUGAAAACUCCUCAAGUCAGCCUAUUCCCAUUCUCCCUCCGCCUCCGGCACCUCUAAGCACGGGUCCUUCUCGUGCUCGACGACAGCUCGCUGCCCGACUGGCGGCUCAGAAACAGCAAGCGACAGGAAAUACCGAGAACAAAGGAGAAGAGGAUAGGUCGAAUGAUAACGAUAAUGAGAACGCGGACUCUCAAUGGCCGAGCAACCCAUUUGUGAUUGCAGGGCUAGAGGACGACGGCAAUAACGACGACCAAGGCGCAGCAUUCCCAUCAGAAGAUUUCAAAGACGAACCUUUCGCAUCACCCACUUUCCCAGAUGCCCGAUUUAGCCCUCCUGACUCCUUCUCGACCAAUUCAUCCGAUGAUGACCGGCUCGAAGGCACACGGCGUAACGACCGCGCACCUCUCGAGGUCGACGAUGACGAUGAUGAAAUGGGCGAAAUGGUGGGACCUUCUGUGGGAUCAACGAUGAUGGACUCAGACGACGAUGAUGAGGCCAUCAUUAACGAGUCAAUGGGAUAUCCGAAUCGAUACCAGGACUUCCGGCGGUCACGCAUUGGGGCAUCACCAUUUGGCGACGAUGACGAGCAGAAUGACAGUAGUGAUGGUGAGGAUGAAGGGUUAGUCGAGAUCCUGGUACCAGGACGGAAGAACUCGACGUCUUCCCAAACCUAG